AUGAAUUUCGAAUCUGUUAAUUCUGAAAUUGACACCAUAGACAAUAAUUCUUUGGAAGAAACUGAGUCAAAUGUUUAUAUACCCACAAACAAAGAAAUUGAAGAUACCAUAAAUUAUGGCGAAGUUAAAAAUACUACUCGUAAUACACGAUUCUGGUUGAAAGUUCUUACAGAUAUUAGAACCAAAAUGGGAUACAAUUAUGACAUUGGUGAAAUUACUGUUAUAAAUCAAUUACAAGAAGAAUUGAUUCAAUUUUUUCAAGCAUUAAACAAAAAAGACAAAUCACCAUAUGCACCAACAUCAAUAAAAAAUUGUUUGCUGCAAUAUGUAGAUCUUUAUGAUGAACGUAUGUUUCCAAGACUUCACAAACUUUUAGAUGGAAAAAUUAAAAAAAUACAAGAUUUAAGCAUAAUUAAACAGAAAAAACCUGAUCCACUUGAAUAUGACGAAAUUUAUCAAAUUUUAACACAUCAUGAGUUAAAUAAAGACACACCAUUAUCAUCCACUUACAAAGCCUAUUUCUGGUUAUGUUUCUUAUGUGGUUUUCGUGGUGGGGAUGCUCAAAGAUUAAAAUUGGUAAAUGUGGAAUUAACAGCUAUUAAUGGAUUGACAAUUACAAUUCCUCGUGAAAAAAAAAAUGCUGGUGGUUUUAAAGAUUUAAAUAAUUCUGGUAGGGUUAUAGACAUUCCACCUGACAAUAAAAGAAAAUUAACACCUGUCUCAGAUAUCAUCAAUUACAUAUCUAAAAGACCUCAAGGGUUUAAAUGUGAAUUUUUUUUCCUUCGUUGGUCUUCUAAGUCAGGAAGACAUUCACAUGAAAAUAUGAUACGUAAGAUUUGUGAAACCACUGGAAUAGAUUUAGACCUAAAACAUAUUACAAAUCAUUCAAUAAGACGCACAACUGUACAACACCUAACACAGCUAAAUGUAAUGAAUGAAAAGAUUAUGUCAAUUACUGGUCAUAGGUCAACAAGUGGUAUUGCUGCUUAUCAAACAUUCACUAAGCAAAUUAUGCAUGAAACUAUAAAUAAAAUGAUUCCUGAUAAAUGUGAUGAUUUCAAUUCCAAUCCUGGUUCAAACAAAUUUAAAUCAUGA